AUGGCAGAAAUAGUUCAAUUAAACGUGGGUCAAUGAGGUAAUGCCAUUGGAUCCCAGUAUUGGAGUAAACUCAUUGAUGAGCAUUCUCUUAAUAAUCAGGGAGAGUAUAUUGGUAACAAAGAUCUGUGACUUGACAAAGUUCAUGUUAGUUUUAAUGAGAAUAGCAAGCAUGUGUAUUCUCCGAGAGCUAUUCUUGUUGAUCUUGAGCCAUCUUUGAUUGAUGAUAUUAGAUCUGGUACUUAUGGUAACUUAUUUCACUGUGAUAAUUAUGUGAAUGGAUAUACAAGUGCAGGCAAGAACUGGGCUAGGGGAUAUUACACUGAAGGUCGAGAAAUCAUUGAAAUGAUCAGAGAUACACUCACGAAGGAGCUUGAGAAAUGAGACCGAGUCCAUUGUUUACAGAUCAACCACUCUGUAGCCGGAGGAACUGGAUCAGGGCUGACUUCACUCAUAAUUUCAAAGAUUGUUGAUGAUCAUCCAGGCCUGAUGAAGAUUUCAAACACUUUUUAUCCUACGAAUGAUUUAGAAAGUUGCCCUUUUGAAUCAUACAACGCUGUAUUGGCAUCAAUGGAGCUAAUUGAAAAUGUUGAGAUGGUGUCAGUUUUCGAUAACAAGUCCUUGCACAAUGCUUGAGGAAGAAAUAUUUCAGGAACUAAGCACAGUUUGAAUGAAAUAAAUGACCUAGCUGCAUUAUUUAUCUCAGAUACAAAUGCUCCUAUGAGAUUGUCUGGACAGAUAAACACAAAUUUUCUAAAAAUUAUGCAUAACAUCAUUCCUUUUCCAAGACUACAUUAUAUGGUGCCGAAGAUAUCUAAGAUAAAUCUUAAUCAUUCGUUAAAAGAAAGUCCUGAGAGUCAGCUUAUCACUUCAAUCUUUGAAAAAUCAAGGAAUCUCUGUAGCUGAAAUUAUACUUUUUCAGGCUCAAAUUAUAUGACUGCUUAUAUUUCUUGAAGAGGAAAUCUUUCACUUCUUGAGCUUCAAAAGGAAGGAUAUGCUUAUCGUAAGAAAAACGAAGAUAUGUUUGCAUACUGGAUUCAAGAUAGCUUGCAUAUCUCUUCUACAUCUAUUCCUUCAGAAUCCCUUCCUAGGGCAACUUGUAUGGGAAAUAAGUAUGAAGUGUAUGAGGUAUUUAACAACAUUGGGCACGAUUUUGCAGAAUUACAUCAGAAAAAGAAGUACCUGCACCAUUACACAGACCAAGGGAUGGACCCAAUGGAGAUUAUUGAGUCUGAGUCUACCUUUAAUGAUCUUAUUUCUGAAUAUCAGCAGUGAAAUGGAUGCUGAUGAAAUUUUGAAUCUGAAGGAGAAUAUGAAGAAGGGGAGUUCGAUGAAGAAGAUGAUCAAUAAGAUAAUAUAAAGUGCC